AAUUUCCGGUCUCAUGGUUACGCUUUCCCUUCGCCCAACCUUCUCGUUUCCCGGGGCAACGGCUGAUGAGUCAGGAAAUUGAUCGGUAGGUGAUAAGCGGGCCCAAGAAAGGAACUCUUAGAUGACUUGACGUCCUGCUUUACACGUGCCAGUUCAAACCUUUCACCCUCAGCCCUGUGUGGGGUAGGUGUCCACACAUUUGGGUAGCUCUACUUCAGGUGUCUUUUUCCCCUUACCUCGAUGAACUAACUAGAGCGUGAGGCCGUAAAGCCUAUCUCAACCGGAAGUCGUCUGGCUGCUUUCCGGGUUGGAAGCCAAGAGAGUUCCGCAGCCGUAGUUCCCCUCCCCCAGGGGGCACCCAGACCUAAACGGGAUUGGAACGCCAAGCACAUAGCUUCAAGCCAGACUGUGCUGACUCUGCUAGAUGGGCAGCUUUUCCUUUUCCUGGAACAAAACUGCAGAUCAGCCUCAUUGCCCAACAUUCUAAGUCCAUACUAGGUCCACUACCCAAUUGGAGUCAGAGCUUCUUUCUUCCUGCACAGUUAAGGGAAAAUAAAAUACAACAUACAGCAAUUCUGAAAUGGCAGAAGUGAAGUCAAUGUUCCGGGAAGUCCUUCCUAAACAAGGACAGUUGUCUGUGGAAGAUGUGGCCACCAUGGUGCUGUGCAAACCCAAACUUCUGCCGCUAAAAUCUUUGACUCUUGAAAAAUUAGAAAAAAUGCAGCAAACAGCACAAGAAACUAUUCGCCAACAGGAAAUGGCAGAAAAGGAACAGCACCAAACAAACCAAUGAAUAAAUUUAUUCAUCAAUUUUGUUACUUUCAUUUGAAAGAGUUUUUCAAAGUAAUUCACAUUUGUUUACUAAAUCUGUAAUUUUUAUUAAAAUCAAACAACAUGGUGAAUUUAAGCUUUUAUAAUUCUUAUUAGAGACUAUGGUUCAACUUAAACUUUGGCCAUAUUUUACUUUAAUGUUUGUUCUCUUUUAGGAGUUCUGGAAUUAAGUUCCACCACAAAAUUGCUGUUUAUCUAAAUGUUAUUUAACAUUCCUGUUUUUUAUCUAUUUUAGAGCUCCAACAACCCAUAAAAUGUGUAAUUUCAUGAAAACUCUAUACAUUGGUCUUUUGCAUGCUAGAUCAAGACUAAAAAGUUUAUUUUUUAA